GGGCAGUAUUUUCCCACCUACCUGCCACCUAUUUCCAGGAGUUGUGUGCAGGCAGGCACUCCCUCUGUCACGAGGUGGUGCCUGCAGUGAGUGAAGAGAGAGACAGAGCAAAGUCGAGCUGGAUUGCUUUCGUGUGUGUGCGCGCAAAAACAAAACAGAGACAGUGGAAGUGGGAGAGCAGGUGGACUUGACGCUGACUCCAGCCCGGACCAUGAGCAGUGGAAGCGCGGCUCGCUCAAGCACCUGCUGAAAUAAUCCGCCCCGUGACCAUGGCAGUAGCUGAACUCUACACCAAGUAUAAUAGUGUUUGGAUUCCUGACCCUGAUGAGGUCUGGCAGUCAGCAGAAAUCACCAAGGACUACAAGAAGGGAUCUGAUGUACUACAUCUGCAGUUAGAAGAUGGCACUGAACUAGAAUAUCCAGUUGAUCCCGUCAAGUUAUUUUUACCUCCUCUACGGAACCCCGAUAUACUUGUGGGUGAAAAUGACCUCACAGCACUCAGUUAUCUCCACGAGCCUGCAGUUCUGCACAACCUCAAAGUGCGCUUUGUGGAUUCCAAACUCAUCUACACUUAUUGUGGUAUUAUUCUUGUGGCUAUUAAUCCGUACAAAGAAAUACCAAUCUAUGGAGAUGUUAUCAUCCAUGCCUAUAGUGGGCAGAAUAUGGGCGAUAUGGAUCCUCAUAUUUUUGCGGUGGCAGAAGAGGCUUACAAACAAAUGGCCAGGAAGAAUCGGAACCAGUCUAUUAUUGUAAGUGGAGAAUCAGGUGCAGGGAAGACCGUAUCUGCCCGAUAUGCUAUGAGAUAUUUCGCCACUGUUAGCAAAUCCAGUAGCAAGGAUUGUGUAGAAGAUAAAGUCCUUGCAUCAAAUCCUAUAACAGAGGCUAUUGGAAAUGCAAAGACGACACGAAAUGACAAUAGCAGUCGUUUUGGUAAAUACACCGAGAUCAGUUUUGAUAAUCGGUAUCGAAUCAUUGGUGCAAAUAUGAGAACUUACUUGCUGGAAAAGUCUCGGGUGGUGUUUCAGACAGAAAGUGAGAGGAAUUAUCAUAUAUUCUACCAACUUUGUGCAUCUGCUGAUAAGUCCGAGUUCAAGCACCUAAAACUAGGUGUUGCAGAAAACUUCAGUUACGUUAACAUGGGUGGAAAUGCUGUCAUUGAUGGUGUUAAUGACAGAACAGACUUUACCGAAACUCAAAAAACGUUUUCACUGUUGGGUUUGAAAGAAAACUUUCAAAUGGAUAUCUUCAAAGUAUUGGCAGGGAUUCUGCAUUUAGGAAAUGUAGAAAUUAGGGCUCUGAGUGACGAAAAAUCUUCAGUAAAACAUGAUGAUCAUCAUCUGACAGUAUUUUGUGAACUCCUUGAACUUAAGACUGAAGACAUGGCUUAUGGACUGUGCCACAGAAAAAUUGCUACUGCCUCAGACACUGUGAUCAAACCCAUGACCAAAGUUCAAGCUGUCAAUGCCAGGGAUGCUUUGGCCAAGCACAUCUAUUCUCAUUUGUUCAGUUACAUUGUGGAUCACAUUAACAAGGCUCUACAGUUUUCUGGAAGACAGCAUACCUUUAUUGGUGUAUUGGACAUUUAUGGGUUUGAAACCUUUGACGUGAAUAGUUUUGAACAAUUCUGUAUAAAUUACGCCAAUGAGAAACUGCAACAACAAUUUAAUCUGCACGUGUUUAAACUUGAACAAGAUGAAUAUAUGAAAGAAGACAUUCCAUGGACCUUGAUAGAAUUCAACGAUAAUCAACCUUGCAUUGACUUGAUAGAAGCUAAGAUGGGUAUAUUGGAGCUACUGGACGAGGAGUGUCUGCUGCCAUUAGGAACAGAGGAAAACUGGCUUCAGAAACUCCAGAACAACUUCUUAAACAAAAACCCCCUCUUUGAGAAGCCCAGAAUGAUGAGCAAGGCUUUCAUCAUCCAGCACUUUGCUGACAAGGUGCAAUAUGAAUGUGAGGGAUUCUUGGAGAAAAACAGAGAUACGUUGUAUGAAGAACUCAUCAAUGUACUGAAGAAAAGUAAGUUCCAACUACUAGCUGAUUUCUUUCAAGACAACGAAUCAUCCACAGGAAGCCUGAAUGCAAACAUUAAGGUCAGAGCUGCAAGACCAGGGUUUAAAUCCUUCAACAAGCAACACCGGACAACAGUUGGCAGUAAGUUCCGUAAUUCUCUGCAUUUGCUCAUGGAGACCCUCAAUGCCACAACACCUCACUAUGUGCGAUGUAUUAAGCCAAAUGAUUCUAAACUCCCAUUUGAAUACGAUUCAAAGAGGGUUGUUCAGCAGCUGAGAGCCUGUGGUGUUCUGGAAACUAUUAGGAUCAGUGCACAGAGUUAUCCUUCCAGAUGGACUUAUUUUGAGUUUUUCAGCCGUUACCGUAUCUUGAUGUCACAACACGACUUGGCAAUAAAUGACAAAAAACAGAUUUGCAAAGAGGUCUUGCAACGCUUAAUUCAGGAUCCAAACCAAUAUCACUUUGGUAAAACAAAGAUUUUCUUCCGAGCAGGGCAAGUGGCCUACCUGGAGAAACUGCGAGCAGAUAGACUUAGGGCAGCUUCUGUUACCAUACAGAAAAAUCUGCGCUGCUGGAUUCAGCGGAAAAAAUUCCUUGAGCUCAAACGAGCCACUGCUGUCAUUCAACAGUAUGUGCGUGGACAGCGUGCCAUACGACAUGUAUUGAAUGCCACUACCCUAAAGCAAGCAUGGGCAGCAGUCAUCAUCCAGAAACACUGGCGGCGAUUUAUGGUGUGUCGUCUUUACCAGCUCGUUCUGGUGGCCACUGUCACAAUCCAAUCGCACACCCGUGGCUGGCUUGCCAGAAGACAGUACAAUAAGAUGGUGAAGGAUCAGAAAGCAUUAGUAAUUCAAAAGCAUGUCCGUGCUUGGUUGGUAAGACGCAGGUACCAAAGUAUACGGCGUUUUGUUUUGAACAUCCAGCUCUCAUUUCGUGUCAAGCAGCUCCACAAAAAACUGGAGGAGCAGAGCAAAGAGAACAAAGGAUUGCUGGAACGUUUGACUUCUCUGUCUACACUUCACUCUGCUGAUACGGGUAAAUUUCAGAAAAUUGAGGAAGAGUUAAAAAAAACAAUGACGCAAAAGAAAUUCAUUGAGGACCAAAUGAAGAAGAGCAAGGCGAAAACGGAGCAGACAUUGUCAGAACUUCGAAAGGAAACUUUAUCGCUACAGGCCCAAAAUGAGAAGUUGAAGCAGCAACACCAGGAACAGACCCAAGAAAUCAAAAAAAAAAUGGAACAAAUUGCGCAGCAGCAUCUUGACGAUUUAGAAAGGGAAGAACGUCAAAGAAGGAAAUUGGAGCACAAUUUUCAAAUCCAGAAGGAGGACUAUGGGAAUCAGAUAGAGGCUCUGAAUGAUGAAAUAAAACUUCUGCAAGAGGAAAGAAUUCAAUUGCAGGAGAAGAUUCAGGAAGAGUAUCUGGCAAAUGAGAGUUUACGGAAGGAAAUGGCACAGCUGACUAAUGAAGCACUAAUCAUUCCUAAACUUAAAGGGGACAUUGCAACACUUGAACUGAAGAAACAAGGUUUAGAAAUGUGCCUGCAAAAUCAAAGAAAAGAAAUGAGAGAAAAAAUGGAAGAAAUUACGCAGCAGCUCCUUGGAGGUUUAGAGGGAGAAGAGUUACGAAAGAGGCUUUCUCCAGAGGACAUGGAACAGUUAAAUGAAGAUGGGGAACUCUGGUUGGCCUAUGAAGGAUUGAAAAGAGCAAGCAGAGUGAUGGAAUUGCAUAUUCAGUCUCAGAAAGAGAACUAUGAGAAGGAAAUUGAAGAGCUCAGUUUUAAAAUUGACCACCUCUCUGAAGACACAACUCGCCUGCAGCAGAAGUUCCAAGAAGAGAAUCAUAUUAAUGAGAACAUCCGACUAGAUUUGACCAGACUGGCCAAUGAAAACAUGGUCAUCCCCGAACUCAAACUGCAAAUCCUAGAGCUACAAAAAGAGAAACAGGAGAUUGAGAACCACUUGAAGGGGCAGGUUGUGAAAAUGAAAGAAAAAAUGGAGGAAGUUACUGAUCAAUUGCAAGGCAAUCUUGAAGAAGAAGGACUCCAAAGAAGAUUGUUAGAGUCUGAGAAAGAUAGCUGUGCAAAAGAAAAUGUGGAAUUACUUGCUAAAGUCCGAAAACUUCAGAAUGAGAAUACUCAGCUCCUGAAUCGGACUCAAACCGAUAGCACAAUCAGUAACAGAAUGCAACAGGAAGCCUCUCAGUUAACAAUGGAAAACUUGGAUCUUGAGGAACAACUUGACCAAAAAGAAAAACAAAUAAGGAAGUUGCAGAAUCAGAUCAAGUCAUUAACAAAAACAGCUGAAAAAGUUAAUCAGACCAAUGCAAAUCUCAAUCAAGCCGUGAGAAAGGAGUACCUUGGAAUGCUGGAAUGCAAAACAGAAGAUGAAGAAAAACUCAUCAAAAAUCUAAUUUUAGAUCUUAAACCAAGGGGUGUGGUAGUAAACAUGAUUCCAGGACUUCCAGCAUACAUUAUGUUCAUGUGUGUACGCUACGCUGAUGAUAGUAAUGAUGCUGACAUGUUGAAAUCCAUGAUGAACUCCCUGAUUGGUGGUAUCAAAGAAGUCACUAAGAAUCACAAUGAAGAUUUUGAAAUUCUGUCUUUCUGGCUUUCAAACAGUGUCCACUUUCUUAACUGCUUAAAGCAGUAUAGUGGAGAGGAGGAGUUUAUGAAGCACAACACUCUUCAGCAAAACAAUCAAUGCCUGAAAAACUUUGACCUGUCUGAGUACAGGCAGAUUCUGAGUGACUUGGCUAUCCAUAUUUACCAACAAGUGAUUCAAGUGAUGGAAGAUGAUCUUCAGCCAAUGAUAGUACCAGGAAUGCUGGAACAUGAAAGUCUUCAGGGCAUUUCCAGCAUGAAGCCAACUGGGCUUAGGAAACGAUCUUCGAGCUUUCUGGAUGAAGUGGAACAGUAUACCAUCUCUUCCAUUCUGCAGCAACUCAGUUACUACUACACCACCAUGUGCCAACAUGGCACGGACACAGAUCUCAUUAAACAGGCAAUCAAGCAGCUCUUCUUUCUGAUUGGAGCAAUCACCCUUAAUAAUCUCUUCCUGCGCAAGGAUAUGUGUUCAUGUAGAAAAGGAAUGCAAAUAAGAUGCAACAUUAGUUAUUUGGAAGAGUGGCUGAAGGAAAAGAAUAUGCAGAGUAGCAGUGCGAAAGAGACUUUGGAGUCGCUCUCUCAGGCCGCCUGGUUGCUUCAGGUCAACAAGACAACAGAUGAUGAUGUUAAAGAAAUUUCUGAAAGAUGUUCCUCUCUUUCAUCUGUGCAGAUUGUCAAGAUCUUGAAUUCCUACACACCAAUUGACGAUUUUGAGAAACGUGUGGCUCCAUCCUUCGUACGGAAAGUUCAGUCGCAACUCAACAGCCGUGAAGAUGGCUCCACGCUGAUAAUUGACGCCAAAUACCAUUUUCAAGUGACUUUCCCAUUCAAUCCAUCUUCACAGGCCUUGGAGACUAUCCAGAUACCCAGCAGUUUAAAAUUAAAUUUCCUUACUAGGAUCUGAAGCAUGUUACUGUGUAGAAUGUCUUGGCACUUCUGAAUGAAGAUGAGUUACAUUGCAAUUGAUUAUUUAAGACAAUGGUUGACGGUUCAGAUUGUGGAAAUUGGGUAUCUUUUCUCUUCAUGACCUGCCAAAAUGUAUGAUUUAUUUGAGCUUAAGUACACUUUUAUAUUGUGCAAUUUUUUAAAAAUAACGCAAUUUAUUUUUAUAAAAUUUGAAACAUUCAGUUUGAAUUGGUUGCUCUCACAAGUAUAGUAUUUAAUUCUUUUUAAAAUAUCAUGUAAGUAUACAACAACUGCAAAUGGCAUAAAUGUUAUCACAAAAAAUGUUGACAUGUUUACAUAAGAGAGAAGAGCAAAGAUUUGGUCAUUUGUCCUCAUAAACCUACUUUAUCAUCCCACAUGAUGGCUGAUUUGACUUUUGGUGUCAGUUCACCAUUCUGUCUUAUGCUAUAACACUGAAUUCCCUUAUAGCCCAAAUAUCUGACUCUUUCAGUCUCUGUCUUCAUAAUGUUGAUUAAAAAUUUAUUUUCCCAACAAUCACACUCUAGUGGUUUUUAAAGCUGUACAGAUUCUAGGAUGUUUUUAAGAUAUACGUAGAAAAUUAAUACAUGUUUAGAACCAAAAAGAAUAGGAAAAUCACUAAAUGAUUCUAUUUAUCACAUCUUGACUUUCUACGUACAGAAUGUAUUUUACCUUUAUACCAAUGAGUACUGUUCAAAAACUGCAAUAUUAAAACAUUCCACCAUAAUGCC